AUGAUGAUGUAUCCGAAUCAACGAUGGCCUUCCACUCAAUUUUUAUUCUAUCCACCAAACAUUCAAACCCCAUUCAUCGCCAUCCCACCCACAAUGGUUCCAGCCAUAAUCAGCUCCAACCGACGUUCUGUUCUCGACCGUAAAAUGCGCCGUAAAGCUGAGACCCACAAAACGAUUCCGUGCCGUGCGUGGGCCGAUACGGGACGCUGUAACUAUGGAAACAGAUGCAAAUUUGCUCAUGGCGAAAAGGAUCUCAGGAAGCCGCCACCAGAGCCUGUUAAAGUGUUCAACAACCCACGUUACCGAACAGCACCAUGUCUGAAAUAUCGUAUACUGGGUGAAUGCCCGUAUGGUGAUCACUGUUCAUAUCUUCAUACGCCAGCACCACAGAUCGACAUUGAACAAUGUCUUGAACAGCUAUCACCACCCGUCUCACCAACGCCAAGCUUCGAUACCGAGUAUUUCUUUAUGUUGUAA